GGCAGUACUUAUUAUUUUACUGAGGAAAAGCUCUUGUCUGAAGUUCGCUGAGACAUUUUCUUUCACGUCUUCUUCUUGACAGAGUAAAUAGGAUGGGAUUUUACCACAGAAUAACUUUGGCACUGGCGAUAAUAUGCCUGUUCGCACACAGUGGACUGGUGAGCACAGGAGCCCCAACCAAAGGCCAAUAUAUGUGGGUGAAAUGCACACCUGAUGACAAAGAUGCGAACUGUAUCACACAGAAGGGUCCCAUGGUGCCCCUUGAAGGGAACAGCCCUCGACUUCCCUCUUCUGCUGCAAAAGAAAUAUUUCCAGUUACCACAGAGGAAGCCACUCCUGAGAUGGAGGAACAAUCAGGAGAAGGCUCAGGUAACUCGGACACAGGGAUUUUUCUGAGCGAUGGACCACAGCAAGAGAUUAACAAGAUUGAAGAAGAUGGAUCAACAGAGGCCAGUGGAGACAUUGAUUAUUCCAACUAUGUCUUUCCUGAAAAAGUAGAUAAGCUUUCUGAAAUGGAUUUGAAACAGGAAAAUAUGAUUCCUUAGAGGGCUGCAAUCCACCCAGUGUUGUUUUUAUUUUUGUUUUUUGUCAGUACAAUGUGAAAUAUGCAGAAUAUUGCUUCUUGGUCACAUAUAUAAUAUAAAAAGUAUAUUUGUAACUGAUAUACCCUGCAAGUUGUAUGUAUAUCUAUGUUAUUUUAUUUUAUUUACUCUUGUUACCCAUAAUCAAAUCAGACAUAACUAUUAAAACAAUCAUUUGACUUUUGGGGAAUGGAAAUAUUGCUCUUGUAGAGGCAAUCUUAACAAAAUGUUGGUACAUGGAGGAGUGAAUUUUGUACAAAUUUUAUCUACAAACUUCUUUUUGCCAGCAUUAUAUUGUAUUGUUUUAUCUAUUGAUCAUUAAACAAAACAACUUUUAAACUGUAAA